AUGUCAGAUCCAAGUUUACUCCCUGCCCAGCGCAAGCCUAGAGUCCAAGUCCUUCUCUCCGUGGAUUUCGAUGCUGUCUCCGGCUUUCUAGGCACCGGGGCGUCGGCCACAACCAAUUUGGCGGACUACAGCAGUGGCUUUUUCGCUGCUCAAGUGGGAGUCCCACGCUUACUGCGUCUCUUCAAAAAACAUGGAAUUAGUUCGUCGGUGACCUGGUUUGUGCCCGGUCAUUCCAUGGAGUCCUUCCCAGAAGAAACAAAAGCGAUUGUCCAAUCGGGCGCCGAAAUUGGCUGCCAUGGAUAUGCCCACGAGGGAUCGAGCCAAAUGACCGAAUCACAGGAGCGAGAAGUCAUCACCAAAUGUGUGCAACUGGCGACCGAGUUGACGGGGAAGAAACCUCGAGGGUGGAGAGCGCCGUUAUAUCAACUGCGAACGCACACCAUACAGGUUCUGGAAGAAUUCGGGUUCUUAUAUGAACCCAAGCCCAUUGACUUCUCUCCUACCAAGUCUGCUUCUACUUGGAUGAAGCCUCUCCCCACCCCAGCACCUAGAACUCCCCAGACUCUGGUCGAGAUUCCCUGCAAUUGGUAUAUGGAGGAUAUGACGCCGAUGCAAUUCCUCCCGGCAGCAGAGAACUCGCAUGGGUUCGUGAGUCCGAUCACCAUUGAGCAGAAUUGGAAGUCGCGAUUUGAAUUUCUCUAUAGUGAAGCUCUCGAAAAGGCACUCGAGGAAGAUGCCGAGCAAGGCUUUGUGUUCCCCUUGAUCCUGCACCCCGAUACCAGCGGAAUGGCCCAUGUCGUCGGGAUGAUCGACCGGAUGAUCUCUUGGCUCAAGCAGCAGGGCGAUGAGGUGGAAUUCAUUACCUUUGGAGAAUGUGCAGCAGAAUGGAAAAAGAAGCAGGAUGCUUAA